GCGGCCGUGUUCUCCUUCCACGCUACCUGACUCCAUUUCCCAAGAUCCCAUGAACAGUAACGUCAACAACUCACGCUCACCUUCACCCAAUCAUGUUACGCUCCGACGCUCAGACUCACCUGUGUUCUGAGUUAGUUCCGGUUCAUUUCCCUCUAGCUUCCUGUAUUUAAGGCGGCCGCUUGUAAACAAACUCCGCGAGGUAUUGUUAACUCAUGUUACAUACUAAGCGUUUCCCUGUGUAUUGUUUUUGCCUUCUCGUUACGACCCUAUUUUCGGAUUAUCGGUUUAUGUCUUUUGUUUUGCCCUUUCUGGAUUUGAUGUAUGGUUGGACUGUUUCUCGGUUACGAACUCGGACUGUAUUUUUGACUACGUCUUCUGUCAUCGGUGAGAUCUUUGUUUGCCUGGCUAUUCUGUUAGCAGUAUCUGUUAGCUUUACUGCUAAUAAACCUGUUUGUAUUUCUAACUCGGCUCGCGUCACUCCUCACUACCUGGCGUCACAGAAUACCUCGCCUGAAGUGAUGGCCGAGUUUAAUGAUCUCCAGCAGGCAGUCGGGAACCAGGGGAGGGUUCUCGAACAGCAUAGCCAGCUUUUUGAGAGCCUUGCUAACACCGUUACUGCUCUUACUACCCAGCAGUCAGAUCAACACUCUCAGCUAGCUCAGAUAACUGCUAGCCUUCAGGAUAUCGCUACUCAGCUUGCCCAGCUGAGAGUGGCCACUCCAGCUAGCCUAGCCUCUGCUAACCAGGCCCCGGUUAGCUCUCCUGCUAUCGCUCCCUCGACAGCCGCUUUUCCGGUAAGCAAACCUGACAAAUAUGAUGGUUCUCCAGAUUUAUGCAGAGGCUUUCUCUUGCAGAUGUCACUAUUUUUUGCUAAUUCAGCAGUUAGUGCCGACGCUGCGCGUAUUUCGUUUUUUAUAUCUCGUCUCACCGGCAAGGCUUUGGAUUGGGCUACUGCUAUUUGGCCUAGUAUUGAAAAUAGCCCAUACGAGCAUUUCCUCAGGGAAUUUAAGUUGGUUUUUGAUCACCCGCAUCACGGACAAUCUCAGGGAGAGUUAUUGGUUCAGUUACGUCAAGGAAACCGACCCGUGUCUGAUUUCGCUCUCGAAUUCCGUACUUUGGCUGCUGGUAGUGGUUGGAAUGAACCAGCUCUACGCGUGAUGUUUCGAAAUGGACUCAGGGCUGAUGUUUUGGCCGAAUUAGCUUGCAAGGAUGAUGGGCUGCCUUUGGAUGAACUUAUAUCUUUAGCCAUCAGACUUGAUCAGCUCAAACAGAGCUCAGUACCUGGCCGUAGAGCUGCUGCUACUUCUCCUCGUUUUGCUACGCCACGCGCAUCUGGAUUUACUCCACGGACCACACUCAGGGAUGAGGAACCCAUGCAAGUAGACGCUACCCGUUUGUCAAAAGAAGAAAGAAAGCGACGAUUUCAAGCUGGAUUAUGCUUCUAUUGUGGCAGUGCAGAUCAUGUGUUGCGAGAUUGUCAGCUUUGCCCCUCCCGAGUUCAACGCCAAGAUACUUCAGGCUCGUCCUACGGUGGGCUCUCCCAUGGUUAUCAUGGCAACCCGGACCGUCCAUAUGAGCCAUCUGCUACUAACUCGGGAAAGCGUGUGGAGAGGAUUCCACACGCUAAAGGGGUAAGCCGACUUAGUCCUGAUAUGUUUUCAAGAUCUUUUAUUAUUUCUGUUGUUCUGUUCUGCCAGUCUUCUUCAUUUGUGUUUCCAGCCCUGAUUGAUUCCGGUGCCGAGGGGAACUUUAUACACGAGCAGCUGACCAGACAACUCCAGAUUCCGUUCGAACAAUUGGAAAAUCCUAUGAGACUGUCUGCGGUGGAUGGGACCCCAGUUGGCCGAGGAGCUGUUUCCCACACCACCACACCUGUCAAGCUCAACGUCAGCGCUCUGCACUCAGAAGAGAUCAGGUUUUUUGUGAUGAAGGACACUAAUUAUCAAAUUAUAUUAGGACUUCCAUGGUUGAAAAAACAUAAUCCUCUGAUUUCUUGGUCUAACUGUGAAAUUAUUUCUUGGUCUCCAUACUGUCAUGAUCACUGCAUUACUGUUCCUAAAUUAAUGAUCCAAUCUACUACUGUAGAGAGUCCUGGCCUGGAGUCACUUGCACAUAUUCCUCCUUAUUACUCUGAUCUGAAUGAAGUUUUUAGCAAGUCACGUGCUACUCAACUUCCCCCACAUCGCUCCUAUGACUGUGCUAUAGAGCUUAUAGACAAUCAGAUACCUCCCAAGUCACGUAUAUAUCCUUUAACUCAAACUGAGGAACGUGCUAUGGAGGAGUAUGUGCAGGAGGCUCUAUCUCAGGGGUUCAUUCGUCAUUCCACCUCUCCUGUAGCUGCAUCCUUUUUCUUUGUCAAAAAAAAGGAUGGAGGUCUGCGCCCAUGUAUCGACUAUCGACAACUAAAUGCAGUUACCAAAACUUAUCCCUAUCCUCUCCCUUUAGUACCUGUAGCGCUUGAACAACUACGCGGAGCUUCCAUCUUCACUAAAUUAGAUCUCCGCAGUGCUUAUAACUUGGUGAGAAUUAGAGAGGGUGAUGAGUGGAAGACUGCCUUUUUCACCACUAGGGGGCACUAUGAAUACUUAGUUAUGCCGUUUGGUCUCAAGAACGCCCCGUCCGUAUUCCAAUCUUUCAUAAACGAUGUACUCCGUGACAUGCUAGGAAAAUUUGUCAUAGCUUUUAUAGACGACAUUCUAAUUUAUUCAUCUGACUUGACUACACACAUUUCCCAUGUUCGUGCGGUAUUGACCCGUCUUCUCCAAAACCAGCUUUUCGUUAAAGCGGAAAAAUGUGAAUUUAAUCUGUCUACCAUUUCCUUUUUGGGUUAUGUUAUUAGUGCCAGAGGCAUUACUAUGGAUGAUAGGAAGAUUCAGGCUGUAGUUAACUGGCCUACCCCUAGAUCAGUAAAGGAACUACAAAGAUUUCUUGGUUUCGCAAACUUUUAUAGAAGAUUUAUUCGUAAUUAUAGUUCUGUAGCUGCUCCACUGACCAAUCUAUUGAAACGGAAUGCUAGAAAGUUGAUCUGGUCUGAAGAAGCAUCAAAUGCUUUCUCUUCUCUCAAAGAGGUGUUUACUUCAGCUCCCUUGUUAAAACAUCCAGAUCCUAAGGAGCCCUUUGUUGUUGAGGUAGAUGCAUCCAGUGUUGGAGUAGGUGCUGUCCUCUCCCAAAAUAUUGGAUCUCCCAGUAAGAUGCACCCUGUAGCCUACUUCUCCCACAAACUCUCCCCUGCUGAACGGAACUAUGGUAUUGGUGAUCGUGAACUAUUGGCCAUUAAAUUAGCUUUAGAAGAAUGGAGACACUGGUUAGAGGGAGCACUACAUCCUUUCGUGCCGGUUAUCCCUGGUCCGUUGGAUGAGACAUCGCUUGGGGCGUCUCCUCCUCCUCCGGUGGCUAUGGACGGUGGCCCGGUUUAUGCGGUAGAACGACUUUUGGACUCCAGGAGGAGAAGGGGAGCCCUGGAGUAUCUGGUGGACUGGAAGGGCUACGGACCUGAGGAAAGAAGUUGGGUUCCGGCAACUGAUGUCCUGGAUCCUUUAAUGGUGGAUGACUUUCACCGGUCUCAUCCAUCCCGUCCUGCACCACGCCCCAGAGGUCGCCCUAGGAGAAGGUCUCCAGGUCCAAGAAGGGGUAGACGCGGUGGUUCUGUCUCUGUCCGGUCCCUCAGUUCGGUCCGCAGUCCCAGGAGGGGUCGUCCCAGGUCCAGGGCUUCCAUCCAUUCCGUUCCCGUUUCUGGGCCACCUGUUCAGGACUCCGCUGAGAGCACCUACAUGGAUGGACAGAUGGAGGAACACUCAGAGUACCUGCAUAUUUUCGCUGUGCCCACAUUCGCCCUGAAACAAAGCGGAGACGGAGUUCGCAGAGUGAAGAAGACUGGAGGUGAAUUCUGUCAGAGUUUGAGUGAAGGAUGUGUGAUUGACAUGACGCCUCUGGCAGAGUAA